AUGGGCCGAGAGGGCUUCGCAUCUUCAGCUCCCAAGACUCGAAUUUCCAGCUCCCAAGCUGUGAUCAUUGACAAUGGCUCCGGGCUUUGCAAAUCGGGAAUUUCUGGAGAAAUUAACCCACGGCACGUCAUGGCCACCGUCCUUGGUUACCCCAGAAGCAAGUUGCCUCUUUCCAAGGCUAAACAGAAAGAAUGCUACGUGGGAUUUGAAGCCCAGAAUAGACAAGACGUCCUCUCGUUGACCUAUCCCAUCGAAGCGGGCGUCAUCACUUCCUGGGACGAGAUGGAGACCAUUUGGAAGUACAUCUACGACAAAGGGUUGGGGGUGAAGGCCUUCGAGAGACCUCUGCUGAUGUCGGAAUCUCCGCUGAACCCCAAAGAGGACCGAGCCAAGCUCACCCAGCUGAUGUUUGAAUAUUUCAAGGUCCCGGCUUUCUAUCUCUCCAUCCAGGCCAUCCUCUCCCUCUAUGCUUCUGCACGUUACACGGGGAUUGUCAUUGAUUGUGGGUUUGGUGUCAGCCACGCCGUCCCGGUGUAUGAGGGAUACUGUCUCCCACACGCCGUUUGCCAGCUGGGCCUGGGGGGCCGAGACAUCACCCAGUUCCUGAGAGAACUUCUUCUGGAAAACAGGCAGUACUUCUGGAACUUCCCGGAAGCCAACACCGUUGUGGAGGACAUCAAGGUCAAGCUGUGUUUUGUGGCCUUGGAUGCCCACCACCGAGAGAGCAAGCCCUCCGAAGAGCUCCCCAAAGAAUAUAAGCUUCCUGACGGCAACCGGAUCCAGAUUGGGGACCCCCUUUACCUGGCCCCGGAGAUCCUCUUCACUCCGAGCAACGUCAACCACAAGGGCCAGGGCCUCCACAAACUCGUCGCCCACAGCAUCAAGAAAUGCGACCCCACCAUCCGUAACGUGCUGUAUUCCAAUGUGCUGAUCUCGGGAGGGUCCUCUCUUUUCCCAGGUUUGGACGAACGGAUGUUCAAAGGCCUGGAAGCAGAAGCCCCGCAAGGCGUCCCCCUCAAGGUCAUUGCUCCCCCAGACCGGUGGUUCUCGGCAUGGAUCGGGGCGUCGAUCAUCACCUCCUUGAGCACCUUCAAACAGAUGUGGGUGACGGCUGCCGACUACCGAGAAUAUGGGCCAAAUAUUGUCCACCGACGGUGCUAUUGA